AGGCCUGGACACAGUGGCUUGACAGAGACAACCCCUCUGGAACUGGAGACUGGGAGUUGCUCACCAUACUUCAAGAUGAGAAACCUGGACAAAUCUGCAGCAUCCCCAGAGAUGUUGAAGCAGUGACUCUGUCUGGUCAGAGUGUGGCUCAAGCUGGAGAAAACAUUUUUACAUAUGAUAAAACUUUAGGAUUCGUCUGCAGAAACAUGGAUCAACCAGACAAACGGUGCAAUGAUUAUAAAGUUCGCUUCAGCUGCUCUCCUGCUGCCUGUAAAAAAGGUAAAGUAGCUCCUGUUUGUUGGACUAAGUGGUACGAUCGAGACAAUCCCUCUGCAACUGGCGACUGGGAGACUCUGAGUGACCUGAGAAAUGAGUACCCCGGACAAAUUUGUGCUGCACCUCUUUACAUUGAGGCUGCUACCGUUGUUGGAGAGAUCCCAGCCAUCUUGACAGGAGAUAACAUCUAUAUCUACAGCCCCACUAAAGGGUUUGCUUGUCGCAACCAGGACCAGAAAUCUGGCUACUGCAAGGACUACAAAGUUCGCUUUGGUUGUCCCUGUCUUUUCCUUCCUGUUGCAGCAGUUAAUAAGAAGAAAUGA